AUGAACAGGGCCUCUGACUACACGUUCAAAACUGGAGGGCUUAUGCGGGAGGAAGACUAUCCAUACACCGGAAACGAUGGAGGGACAUGCAAGUUAGACAAGUCUAAGAUCGUUUCGUUGCGCUGUGUCAAACUUCAGUGUUUUCGAAUUGUUCUUGCAGUGGCGAUCAACGCAGAAUACAUGCAAACCUGUCUUGUUUGCCCUUACAUAUGUUCGAGACGGCUCAACCACGGUGUGUUGUUGGCUCGGCUCGGCUGGGUUUGCUCAGGCAGGCAAGGUUUAAAGAAAAACCGUAUUGGGUCAUUAAAAAACUCAUGGGGUGAGAAUGGUUUCUAUAAGAUAUAUAUGUAA